GGAAUGUCGGGCAGUGAAUGAUCGGUUUCUGAAGCGGCUCAAACGUUAACAAUAUGGCACAACAAAAGAAUCUGGAGGGAUACGUUGGCUUCGCAAGCCUUCCCAACCAAGUAUACAGAAAGUCUGUGAAGCGCGGCUUCGAGUUCACCCUGAUGGUCGUGGGCGAAUCAGGAUUGGGCAAAUCGACGCUGAUCAACUCUCUGUUCCUCACAGACCUGUACUCAGCCGAGCACCCUGGGCCUUCUCAUAGGGUCAAGAAGACUGUGCAGGUAGAGCAGACCAAAGUCUUAGUUAAGGAAGGAGGAGUCCAGCUGCUUCUCACUGUUGUGGACACACCGGGUUUCGGUGAUGCCGUUGACAACAGUAACUGCUGGCAGCCGGUCAUUGAUCAUAUUGACAGCAAGUUUGAGGAUUACCUGAACGCCGAGUCGCGUGUGAACAGACGCCAGAUGCCUGACAGCAGAGUACACUGCUGCCUGUACUUCAUCGCCCCCUCAGGACACGGUCUGAAGCCAUUGGAUAUUGAGUUCAUGAAACGGUUGCAUGAGAAAGUGAACAUCAUUCCCCUGAUCGCCAAAGCAGAUACACUGACUCCUGAAGAGUGCCAGCAGUUCAAGAAACAGAUCAUGCGUGAGAUUCAGGAGCACAAAAUCAAAAUCUACGAGUUCCCUGAUACAGAUGACGACGAGGAAGAGAAGUUGGUGAAAAAGAUCAAAGACUGCCUGCCUCUGGCUGUGGUGGGAAGCAAUACCAUCAUUGAAGCGAAUGGAAAGAGGGUCAGAGGAAGGCAGUACCCGUGGGGCGUGGCAGAAGUUGAAAAUUCUGACCACUGCGACUUCACAAUCCUACGGAACAUGCUUAUCAGGACCCACAUGCAGGACCUGAAGGACGUGACCAACAACGUCCAUUACGAGAAUUACAGGAGCAGGAAGCUGGCGGCCGUUACCUGUAACGGGGUGGAUAACAACAGGACCAAGGGCCAGCUCACCAAACUUGACACGGUUGAAGGCAUGAGCCCUCUUGCCCAGAUGGAGGAGGAGAGGAGGGAGCACGUGGCCAAGAUGAAAAAGAUGGAGAUGGAAAUGGAACAGGUCUUCGAGAUGAAGGUUAAGGAGAAGGUUCAAAAACUGAGAGACUCAGAGGCUGAGCUACAGAGACGUCACGAGCAGAUGAAGAAGAACCUGGAGGCCCAGCAUAAGGAGCUGGAGGAGAAGAGACGCCAGUUUGAGGAGGACCGAGCCCACUGGGAGGCCCAGCAGCGUCUGGUGGAGCAGCAGAAACUCGACGCCUCCAGGACCUUGGAAAAGAACAAGAAGAAAGGGAAGAUAUUUUAAAGAAAAAACAAAAAAAGCCGUUUCCAAGACUACGGGGUUGUCAUUGUUGCCAAUAUUCCAGCGAGUAUAUUUGCGUGGCUUUAGAUCCAAGUCACACAUGCACGGCUCAGUACUGCCUGGAUGUGCUUUAGGAGGGACGGAACAGCUGUUUAUGGACUUCAAAAUAAAAGGGGUUUGUUUACCUUGAUAAAAAAAAACCCCCUGUCUUAGACAGGCCAAACCCAUAUAUCCUGGAUUCGAUCAUCUUAAAGGUUUUCUUUUUUUUUUUCUUCUUCUUUUUCUUCUUUUUUAAAUUUUUCUCUGUUUUUCACUUAACAACUGAAGUCUACAGUUAUGUGCAGAGAGAGGUCUAACUGUUGUGCAAUCAUGUUUUGGUGGUCAGUUGUUUACCCAUUUAAAAAAAGAGAGAGAGAGAGAAAGAGUACAUAACCUUAACUUCCAUGAUGUUUAAAGAAAGUGUACCUGAGGUGGGGAAAAAUGUGUUAGAUGAUAUCUUUCUUGGGGGGGGGGG